AUGUCGGAUAUCCCUCUUCAUUCCAUCGGUAGAAUUGGCAAGUCUAGAGCGGGUUACACUCCAUUAGACAGCAGUGAACACGACGGAGACUACGAAGACACUGAAGAUACUAGUACCGGAAUGCGCUCAACUGUGAAAGCUGCAAUAGCCGCCUCGACGAGGAAUGUCAGAGGUGUGAAUGGAAAAGGGAAGCAGAGAGAGAGAUACGCGGAUGAUCCAGAGGAAGAGGCGACCUUGCUCGGUAAUGUUGAUCGAAAUGGUCAUUCUGAAGACGAGGACGAGGAUAUUGAAAUAAAGCGCUCGUCAACUUUGAGUAAACGCAGUGUUGCGAAGAAUGAUAAGUCUAGAAUAAUACCUUUUCGACCGCCGGAUAAACUGCAGAGUCGAUUUCCACCGAACACUGUUCGAAAUCAGAAAUACAACGCCUUCACCUUUCUUCCCAUUGUUUUCUAUGAACAAUUCAAGUUUUUCUUUAAUCUCUACUUUCUGCUGGUCGCCCUUUCUCAAUUUGUUCCGGCGCUGAAGAUAGGUUUUAUUUUGACAUACAUUGCACCUCUCGCGUUUGUCCUGUUUGUCACAAUGGGAAAGGAGGCCUACGACGACUACAAGCGGAACUUAAGAGACCGUGAGGCGAAUUCACAAAAGUACCUCAUCCUUGUACCUCCCGACCAUCCUCCCACUUCUCCGCUGGACAUGGUCGACCAUGGCCCACAUACUCGCGCUGUUCCUUCAUCUUCACUUCAAGUCGGCGAUUUGGUGCUUUUGGAGAAGAAUCAAAGAGUACCUGCAGAUAUGGUCUUACUCAGGACAUCCGAUCAUUCUGGUACUUGUUUCAUCAGGACCGAUCAGUUGGAUGGAGAAACAGAUUGGAAACUCCGAGUUGCGGUGCCCGCUUGUCAGAAAUUGCCUUUGGAGAGGGACCUCUUAACUUUGGAUGCUGAAAUAUACGCGGACGCUCCAAUCAAGGAUAUACAUACGUUUAUUGGCACAUUCACGAUGAAUUCACCUCCCCUAUCAGCCGCUUCUCCUAUUCCUGAUACACCCGUAGUCCCCGUUCCGACUGUCGAGCCUUUAACCGCCGAGAACGUGUUAUGGUCAAAUACCGUUCUUGCUGCUGGUUCAGCUGUCGGCUUUAUUAUUUAUACUGGAUCCGAAACUAGAGCCGUCAUGAACACAAGCCAUCCAGAAACCAAGGUUGGUUUACUGGAUUUGGAAGUUAACAGGCUUGCAAAAAUCUUAUGCGCGGUCACAUUUGCGCUUUCGCUGAUUCUUGUGGCUCUGAAUGGUUUUCGCGGAUUAUGGUACAUAUAUGUCUUCCGCUUCUUGAUUCUGUUCUCCUCCAUUAUCCCCAUUAGUUUACGUGUAAACCUGGAUAUGGGAAAGACCGUUUAUGCUCAUCAGAUCAUGAAUGACAAUGAAAUUCCCAACACAAUCGUUCGGACGAGCACACUCCCCGAGGAAUUAGGACGGAUAGAAUAUCUUCUUAGUGAUAAGACGGGAACUCUCACUCAAAACGAAAUGGAGAUGAAAAAACUCCAUAUGGGAACGAUGUCGUAUGGGUUCGAUUCCAUGGAUGAAGUCGCGCAUCAAUUGGCUGUAGCAUUUGGCGGAAAUACUGAACAUGGUCAUACACGGCAUGGAUCGCUGGCAACAGGGGCUCAACUUGCGACGCGAGGCCGCCGAGAUAUGUCUUCGCGUCUUCGGGAUGUCGUGCUCAGUCUGGCCCUCUGCCAUAAUGUCACGCCUGUGACUAACGACGACGGCACCAUUACAUACCAAGCAUCAUCACCAGAUGAAGUAGCUAUUGUUAAGUGGACCGAGUCUGUUGGACUAACUCUUGUCUUCCGUGACCGUUCUCGAAUUGAGCUGCAGUCGCCUUCUGGAACAAAGCUUUCGUAUGAUGUGCUAGACAUCUUCCCAUUCACAUCAGAAUCGAAACGAAUGGGAAUUGUUGUACGCGAUGCAAGUACCGGCGAGAUCACGUUCCUUCAGAAGGGAGCAGAUGUGGUUAUGGCUAAAAUUGUGCAGAGGAAUGACUGGUUAGAAGAAGAGACGGGUAAUAUGGCUAGAGAAGGCUUGCGAACUCUCGUGAUGGCGCGAAAGCGAAUCAGUGCUCAGCUCUACUCCGAAUACAAACAACAGCACCACGAGGCCAGUAUCCAGCUCGAGGGUCGUAAUGAAGCCAUGGCGGCUAUUGUUUCAGGGUACUUGGAACGCGACCUUGAGUUGCUUGGCUUGACGGGUGUUGAGGAUAAAUUGCAGGAUGACGUCAAAUCUACACUUGAACUCCUUCGAAACGCCGGAAUCAAGAUAUGGAUGCUUACAGGUGACAAAAUUGAGACAGCAAGAUGUAUUGCGAUAUCAACGAAGUUGGUUGCAAGAAAUCAAUAUAUUCACGAAGUGGCCAAAUUGAAAACUUCGGACCAAGUUCGAGAUGAACUAGAGUUUCUGCAGUCAAAGCUUGAUUGUUGUCUGGUGAUUGACGGAGAAUCCUUACAACUCUGCCUUAAUCUCUAUAAAAACGAGUUCGUUGAAAUCACCACCAAGUUGUCUGCUGUGGUUGCUUGCCGUUGUUCUCCUACACAAAAGGCUGAUGUAGCCCGACUGAUCCGAAAGCAUACUCGAAAGCGAGUAUGCUGCAUCGGCGAUGGCGGUAACGACGUCAGUAUGAUACAAGCAGCCGACGUUGGUGUUGGCAUUGUGGGCAAAGAAGGAAAGCAAGCUUCGUUGGCUGCUGACUUUUCGGUGACACAGUUCAGUUUCCUAACGAAGCUGCUGAUGUGGCAUGGGCGAAACUCUUAUCGUCGCUCUGCUAAGCUAGCCCAGUUUGUUAUCCAUCGUGGACUCAUAAUUUCAGUCAUGCAAGCCGUUUUUUCUGCCAUCUUCUAUUUUGCACCUAUAGCGCUGUAUCAGGGCUGGUUGAUGAUGGGCUACGCGACUAUUUAUACCAUGGCACCAGUGUUCUCAUUGGUUUUAGACCGCGAUGUCAAUGAAGACCUCGCUCUUUUAUACCCUGAGUUGUACAAGGAAUUGACAAAGGGUCGAGCACUUUCGUACAAGACUUUCUUUCAAUGGCUUAUGAUUAGUGUCUAUCAAGGCGCCGCCAUCAUGUUGAUGUCACUCGUUCUUUUUGAAACGGAAUUUUUGAAUAUUGUCUCAAUAUCCUUCACGGCUUUGAUUAUCAACGAACUCAUCAUGGUUGCAUUGGAGAUUACUACUUGGCAUAUUUAUAUGGUUAUUUCGGAGGUGGUCACACUGUUCUUCUACGUUAUUAGUAUUGCUUUCCUACCCGAGUACUUUGAUCUCGAGUUCGUCGUUUCCACUCGUUUCACCUGGAAAGUUGCUGUAAUCGUGGCGAUCAGCGCUCUUCCAUUGUACAUUAUAAAACUUAUUCGUAGUAGAGUCGCCCCCGCUGCUUCAAGCAAACUGUAAUUUCUGAUCACCCCAUUCCAAUGUCAGAUCUUUAUGAUGUAUUU